GGGAAGUUUAAUCGAAAUACGUUCUCUGAAAAUGAAGAUUAUUUUUAUUUUUAGGGUUUGAAAACAUAGCACUACCUUAGGUAUCAAAGGGAUGGAGAAAGUAGUAAAAGUACUGAUUAAAUUACCGGUUCACCAGAAGCAUGUGCUGCAGCUUUUUAACCGCUAUUAGCUUAGUUAGCUAAGUUACCUUUCAUCGAUAGCUUGAUCGAAGGACAAGCAAUGGGCUAAUUCUGAAGAUGAUGAUGAGCGGUUGCAGAUAAUAUAUGCUCGGAUUACCUUGAUCAUGGAUCGAAAGCCGAAGAGGCUCGAAAGUCAGCUCUGCAAAGCUGUGAAAGAUGGAGAUCCCAGAUCUGUGCAGCUGCUUCUUUCACAAGGUGCACGUUCUGACAUGGUCGGCAGUAAAGGGGUGGCAGCAAUUCACUUGGCUGUUGGCAAAGAGACUGAGAAAAACACACGCUGCUUGAAAUUGCUGCUUCAACAUGGAGCUGACCCAAAUGUCAGGUCAUCAGAGGGUCUUACCCCUCUUCAUAUUGCUGCAGUGUGGGGAUGUUACCAGAAUUUGAAAGUGCUCUUGAUGAAUGGAGGGAACCCCAACCUUAAAGAUAAUGAAGGGAAUACACCAGGACAGCUUGCAGAACAACAGGAGAACAGAAAAUGUGCUCAGCUUCUUCAGGAGAAUCAGGCCAGUUCAGGUGACACAGAGGAUGAUGACCUGCCUCAGUUUCAAUAUUCUGUGUAUUCAGAUCAGACAGACAUAUCCAGCUACCCAGAAUCAGAAUUUAGCUUCAGUUCCCAGUCAUCUGUCAUUAGUGACUUUGGCGAUGCCCCGUUGAGCAGUACAAGACACUCUUCAUUUUUCAAUCUGUCUAACAUGAAUGGAUGGCCCGCAUCACACAGGCUUUCUGAUAUGGACUCCAAAGGGCAUCCCAGCCAGGACUGGAGCAAUUGGGCUGAUGGUCCCUCUAUGCUAUCAAGCACCCGCAUGUCUGCAGUGGGACCUACAGGUGGAUUGCCAAUUCUCAAGGAGCAUGAUUUGUUUGCUGAUGAUGGUGUGUUGCCAUCAACGUCAAAUGCUGCGACAAGUGAUAACCAAAUCUCCCCCUCCAGAAGAGACACUCUUCCAGCACUUCACUCCAGGCUAGCAAGUCGGAAAAGUGUCAGCUUCAGAGAUGUGGAUGAGUAUUUCCCUGUAUUUAGUCCUGAACACCCCAAACAGCAGCCACCUGUUGAUGGCAGCCCCAGUGGGUUACCUUUUGAACUGUCUGAAUACUCAAAUUUCCUGGAUUCAGAGCGCAUGGCAACUGUUUUACACAGGCAAGGAAUUGAUGUCACAUCACCAGAUCAUGUUUAUGUUUUUUGUCGGGAGAGCAGUGAGAGCACUGAGGAGGAACUGGAGAAAACCGUCAUCAGUCACUGUGCUUUGGAAGAGAGUGAUGAUGAAAAAGAGAAUGAAAAUUUAAAGGACGUUCAAGUGAAUAUGCCUGAACAGCCAGGACGUUACUGUGGAGGCAGCAGUAGCAGUGGAACUACAAGUAGUCAUUACAGUAGCUGUGACAGUGACCAUUAUACAAGUGCCUUGGAUGUCUCUACAAACUGCAAACAAACCUUACUCCCUGUUGUAGAAGAGGGGACUGUUGGUACUAAAUCGGACAGAGAAAUUGGGAUUUCCACAGGUGCUGAUUCUGUAGCUGAGAGGCAGGAUGGUAAUUGUCAAAGUGUUCGACCACAGACAGAUUUAAAACUUGAAAAUGAACAAAAUUUGCCUAGUAUUUUCGAUAAACUGGCCUUAUCUGAAAUAAAACACCAAACUAAUGAUGCAGUUGAGGGUUGCAGUCAUGUUGAUGAGGUGGCUACAAAGACAGUGGCAGACACCCCACUGGCUGAUGACUUCAAACAAGACUUUGACCUUUCUUUCACACCAAGUCCUUUUGUAACAGGAAGGACACGCUCAAGGUUGAGUCGGUGUUCACUGAGAACCAGCAGAACCCCAGAAAGCAUCUUUGUCACUUCUCUCUUUGAGGAGACCCUGCCUACGCCAGUUAGGACUUGGCGGCAGACACCCAGGUCUCAAAACAGUGAGAACUUUUAUAAUUCUCCACAUGUGAAUCAUCAUAAAGCAUCCUAUUUAGGGAGUAGCACAGGGGGGGACUGCUUACCUGCUGAAUCACAGGACACACAGUCCAGCACCUUGGGAGCUGAUUACAGUGUUAGCUUUAGCCAAGCUGAUACUCUGAUCCUGCCCAAGAGUGGGACUGACCCUGCUGUUGAAUCACAGACUUUAUCUGACACAGUCAUACUGGAGAAAAACCCUGACACAACAGUGGAUGCAUAUGAAAGAAACCUUGCAGACAUUGCCCUGGCUAUAAAAGGCAGGGAUUCCACUGAAGACAGGGAUUUUCUUACUGAUGAUCUGACAAGUACAGAUGAGGCAACAACAAAGGGUGAUGUGAAUGUUUUUUCUUGUAAAAAUCAAAUGAACAGUCAGGACGAUGUCUGGAUCACUGAGGACUGUAGCUCUCAGCCUGAGUCUGUGUCAUCUUCAUCCAGCUCCUCUUACUUUUCUCCAAGACGGUCAAGGGAAGACUCCUCUGAUCUGCCCUGCACCCCAGGCACCGGAUGCACACCCAGGUACAGCAUGAGCCGGUUGUCAAGCUGUCGUAGGCCACAGCACCUGGCUAACCUUUCUUACACUCCUGGGGGGCGUCCACACAUUCAGGAUCUGGAUGAGCCAGUAGAGUAUCUCUACACUGAUACGGAGCAGGGCCACAAGCUUAUAGAGAUCCACAUCCCACCUACUGCUAACACAUCACUCAGCUCUAGUUUGAGUACUACCAGCAGCGAGGAGACAAUCCUCUAUGACUGGCGGUCUAUGCAGACUGACGUGAUGAAUAACAAAGAAAAGGAAAACCAGAUACCCCAGACAGUGCUACAAAAGGAGGAAAAUGAUGAUGAAGUCAGAAUGUUCCCAGAAACAAAAGGGCUGACUGACAGGGAGUUGAGGCUGAAAUUAAAGGAGCUGGGGGAGAGCCCUGGCCCGAUCAGCAGCCGCACCAGGCCCACCUACAUGCGAAGGCUGUGCCGCCUGUUGCAGGAGUCGAAGACCCAAGGACCACGACUCCAGAAACUGACAGAUCAGACUCAAACAGAUUCGGCUUACAGUCCAGAACUGUGCCGCGCCCUGCAGACCUUUGAGCUGCCGAGUUGCCAGGCUGACGAACAGGCUUUGUGCGAACAGUUUGACCAACCAGAUCAGAACAGAAAAUGGAGGGAAGGCAUUAUCAAGUCUAGCUUCAACUACCUCCUGCUGGACCCGAGGGUGACAAAAAAUCUUCCAUUCCGCAGUCAGACAAUGACUCCUCAGGAGUGUUUCCAGACAUUUAUUCAUUCCAUAUUUUAUGUGGGCAAAGGGAAACGGUCCCGCCCAUAUAGUCACCUAUAUGAGGCUUUAGAGUACUACAAGGGAGACAAGACUGCAAAGAAACUGUGUCCCAAAGUGCAGCACAUUCUUCAGGUGUGGAAUGCAGAGCAGGGUGUCAUUUCUCUGCAUUGUUUCCAAAAUGUCAUUCCAGUGGAGGCUUACACCAGAGAGGCCAGCAUGGUGGAAGCAAUCGGGUUGAAGAAGCUCACAAAUCAGAAGCGAGGGGAUUUCUAUGGUGUUGUGUCUAACUGGCAGCUGAAGAGGAAGAGGGAGCUGGGCGUCCAUCUGCUCUACAAGGCCAUGCAGAUCUUCCUGGCUGAGGGUGAGAGACAGCUCAGACCAGCAGACAUCAGGCAAUAAAGAAGGACGGCAAAAUGAACUGCAACUCAACUGAUGUAGAGGGGAAAAAAACCACUUAGUCAUGCUGCAACGCAAUCCUUAGAUGAAACGCUUUUGAAAAAACAGAAAUGUCUUUGGGACAAUGUCAGGAUCUCACUGAUUACUAUGUAUUUCAGUUUCACUGCUCUGUCCCUAUGAACUGUAGCACCAUAGCAACGCCAGAUAGCAGCAUCUUUCUUAUUCUUCAUUUUGGUAAGAUUUCAGUUUUGCAUCUUUUUCUGUCAGUCUUUACUUCAUUAUCACAUUGUUUUUAAUCUUCUCAGGUGAAUCUUAAACGACUCUGCAAAAUCUGUAGUAUCACAUAUUAGCAUGUGAGGUUUUCCAUCACAGAAAGAGAAGUCUAAUUAAGAGCAUGAUGUGGAAAUCAAGUCAACAGGAAACAAAUACUACAUCACACUUAGUUUAUCAGUAGCACUACAGAUUUAGUUUUCAACUUAAUUCAUAAACCCAUUUUGUUAGUCUUGUGCAGCAUAAACAUGUUGCUGGUGGCUCACCUCUUUUGAGCAACUCGAAACAUGUUUUCUUAGCUUAAAAGAAAGCUGAAAUUUGUUUUUUAAAAAAAAAGCCUUUACUUAUUUUUGUUAAAGUAAUUGAGUAUAUCAACAUAGCGUAGCAGACUGUAAAGCUAAUGCUAUUGUGAUAGUUUGUUUACAUGGUUGGAUUUCCAUCUCAGUUUUGUUUUGUACUGUUGAUUAAGUCCUAAGUUAUGUAUAAAACGUGCAGCUACAUUAAUUUCUGUUGAUUCAAUGUUGAUUAUUUACACUGAAUACUCCUGGGCUGUUGUCAUAAUUUUGUUAUACAUCAGAUAUCUAUUGGAGAUUGGUCAGACAAAUCCUUAAUUGUCCUUAAUUGAGCAUUUUCCUGCUGAUAAUGUCUUUCACAAACUCACCCAAUGUUCUACAAAAAUAAUGACCACUCCUGCAAAUCCAAACCGUGUCUCAAGGUACUUCGUAAAUAAUGCUCAAGAAGCUACACUGUACUUUUUACAUCACAAAAAAUGAAUUAAUACUAAUCACUGUAUUUUCUUAGAAAUUAUAUUUUUUUAUUCCCUCCAGACCCUUCAGGUAAUUUUGAUGUAUUUUGAUAUUGGAGACUGAAAACAAGAUCCACUGAAGUAUUUUUAAAACAUUGUGAAAAUAGCAUUACUUGAGAUUUUUCAUGUUCUUGUAAAUUCAUAGUGUUGAUUUUGUUUUUUUAUUCUGACUUUCGAUUUCUUCUGCCACUGCAUUGUACUUUGUAUUAUGUAACUGUACCAAAAAAAAAAACACCCAGAAAAUAAACCUGAGCUGGAUGAG